GACAUGAAGUGGUUGUUGCUUAAGGGAAAGUAGGAUGAGAAGUCAUUUCAGAGAAACAUAGAUGUGGGAAUGCACUGUCUGUGACAGACUGACGGUAUCUUAUGACCUGCAUCGCCACUCACAGCACAGUCAUGUCCAGCAUAAUUUCCUACGGGAAUGAAUCCUCCCAAAACUGCACCAAUGUGGCACUCCUGACAAAACAUUACUACCUGCCCGUCAUAUAUAGUGUAAUUUGCCUAGUGGGAAUCCUGGGUAACAUCGUGGCCAUCACCAUCUACCUGGCUAAACUGCGACCAUGGAAGUCCAGCGAAGUCAUUAUGGUCAACCUGGCUUUAACCGAUCUGUUGUAUGUUCUGAGUCUGCCUUUUCUUGUCUAUUACUACGCCAACAGUGACUCCUGGACCCUGGGUAACUUCAUGUGCCGCUUUGUACGUUUUGGUUUCCACUUAAACCUGUAUGGUAGUAUACUGUUCCUCACCUGUUUGGCAGUGUUUCGAUAUGUCGUGGUGAUGCAUCCGCUCAGGGCGCCAGAGGUACAGCGAAAGAGGUGGGGUUUUGUGGCAUGCGCGGCCGUUUGGGCGAUCGCAGUGGUGGAGAUCUGGCCCUUACUCACCAUAUUGAACUUGGUGGAGAAGAACAACACGACCCAAUGUUUGGACUUUGCCAGCAGCGACCCAGUCGAACUGCUGUGGUGGUACAGCUGGCUGCUGACCGUGGUGAACUUCCUGCUGCCCCUAGUGGUGGUGGUGGUGUGUUACGUCUGUAUCAGGAGGAAACUAGCCACGGGGCCCCACAACCCCGGCAAGAUACGCGCACGCCGCCUCACCGUGCUGGUCCUGGUGGUGUUCGUGGCAUGCUUCCUGCCCUACCACGUCCUGAGGGCUCUAAGAAUAGCUGUCCGGAUGAAUCCACAUUCACCGUGCAUGUUGGAGAACUGGGUCCAUGCCGUGUACAUCAUGUCCAGGCCCAUGACGGGGCUCAACACCUUCUUCAACCUGGCAUUGUACACCAUGGGAGGAGAAAAGUUCCAGCAGGCUGCCCUCUGUGUGUUCCCCGGUGGCCAUUGUUGGGCCAGGGCCGGGACACAUUCCAACCGCACCUCGACUGCCAUCCGUGGAUCCAACACAACUUCCAUCGAAGAGAUAGCAACCACUGAAACGGACACCAAUCAACGUGAAAUAUAAUAUUUAUUUAAUAUUAUUCUGCCGGCUCUUUAUUCCGUCACCUUGGAUUUGAAGUAAUACAAUGACAAACGGGUAUAGAAUGCAGAUGAGUCCCCAGAUGAAUGUCAUGAACAGUAGAGUCAUGUUAUGUACUUGGUCGCAUGUCCUUUGCAUGCACUGAUGGUCUGACGUCUGUGCAACCAGUUGAAGGCACCAGUCGCCGUCCAUCUUCCCCAGUGAUUUUCUGUACUGAAGCCAUUUUCAGCUCUUGGUCGUAUCAGGCACCGGCUGACAAAUCAAUGCCUACCUCCUGGUGAAUGUUCCUGACUGUCAAACAGUUUUUUUUCUUCAUAAUGGUGAGCAUUCUUUGGUCAUUCACUACAGAGGUGUUCCUUGAUCUACUGGGUCAGUUGCCAUUUCAACCAGACAGCUGAUUUUGGCCUUUGAUCAAUUAAGUAACACAAAUCGGCCUCAUUAUGGCCAGCGUGACUUGCACUGAUACUUUGGUCCUCAGGUCCAGACACCAGCAACAUACUUCAAAUGCAAAUGUAAUGAAUGAAGACUGGCUACUGACAGAUCUCUUGAGUGUGUAGUAAUGCUGCCAGCUCUCUUAAAAACAGGUUUUCCAUACACCCUGAAACAGAGGGACUACAGUAUAUACAAAACAUGCUGUCAUUUUUCAAUGGUAUAUUAGAUGGAAAUAUACUUAAAGCAGACACCACAUUGUCUUUUUGUAAUGUCAAUGUGCUGGAAUAGACAAGACAUUUGCCACUGUACAAAUACCUUUGAAAUGUUGUUUUGUGUUCAUAGUACGUACUUUUAAAGUGUUUUUUUAUUCCUGUAAAUCCUAACCUUUUCCACAGAUUGUAUUACAG